AUGUACAAUGAUCAUCAGGGCACUGAUGAUCAGUGUGCCCUGAUGAUCAGUGUGGCCCCAGAAGUGCCACCUGUCAGUGUCCAUCAGUUGCCUACCAGUGCACAUCAAUGCCACAUAUCAGUGCCCAUCUAAGCUGUCCUUCAGUGUCACCCAUCAGUGUCAGUCAGUGCCACCUAUCAAUGCCAGUCAGUGCCGCCUAUCAGUGCCAGUCAGUGCCGCCUAUCAGUGCCAUAUAUCAGUGCUGCCUUUCAGUGCCCAUCAGUGAUGCCUGUCAAUGUCCAUCAGUGCCACCUACCAGUGCCCCCUCAUCAGUGCCCAUCAGUGCCACCUAUCAGUGUCCAUCAGUGCAUCUUAUCAGUGCCCAUCACUGCAGCCUCAUUAGCGCACAUCAGUGA